AUGGCUUCUAACUACGUGAACGGCUCCCCUUUUCCGGCAAGAUACACCUUCGCCAUUCUCCACAAGUGGCCGGAAUCCGACGCCGAGUUCAUCCAGUCCAUGACCUCCGGUGACGUGGGCAAGGGCGACGCCCAACCCUGCAGGGUGAUGGAAUGGUUUGCAUGCAGGCAGUUGUACUUGAGAAGCUAUGUCUUCUCGCGAGAAGAGGAUUCUGCGGUCGUGAAGUGCUUCGGCAGGGUUAAAGAUAAGGUGGUGGCGGAGAAAAGAAAGAGAAAGUGCGGUGUCGACGGAGGGAGGAAGUCCGGCGGGCUUGUUUUCCGGUGGCUGCUUUCUUGCACCAGCAAGAUAGAUGUUAUUGAUUGA